GUGGUGGGGCCGGGUGUGGGGUCGGGGCCGCCGCUGCCGCCGCCGGGGCCCUGGGCGCUGCCGUGGCGGCCGUGUAUGGGGCCACGCUGCCGGCAGGGCUGCCCGGAGGGGACGCGGGGGAGCUGAUCACAGCCGCAUAUGAGCUUGGAGUUGCCCACCCUCCUGGCUACCCCCUGUUCACGCUGCUGGCCCGGCUGGCCCUGGGGCUGCUGCCCGGUGGGACCCCCGCAUCCCGCAUCAACCUCCUCGGCAGCUUGCUGGGAGCAGCGGCCGCCUCCCUGCUCUUUUACACGGCGCUCAGGAGAAAAAGGCAGCCUGGCUCGCCAGCCGGUUGGUAUUCAGCGCCUUGCGAAUACACGGGACGGCUUGAGGCUUUCUGGCUCAUAUGCUGGAGGAAUCCUUGCUGCGGGGGUGUUUUCAUUUUCUCGUCUAACAUGGCAGUGGUCCAUCACGGCGGAGGUUUUUAGCUUAAACAAUCUGUUUGUGGGGCUGCUUAUGGCUCUUACCGUGCAUUUUGAGGAGGCAUCCACUGCAAAAGAGAGAUCAAAGAUCUCUAGACUCGGUGCCUUUUGCUGCGGGCUCAGCCUGUGCAACCAGCACACGAUAGUGCUCUAUGUGGCUUGUAUCGUGCCCUGGGUUCUCUCCCGGCUGCUCAAGAAGACGGAAUUGUCCCUAGGCCAUUUGCUGAAGUUGGGUUUAUGCUUCUUGGCUGGUUUGCUGCCUUAUCUCUAUCUGCCGGCUUCGUCCUACCUCAAUCGAGCCCGUUGGACAUGGGGAGACCAGACGACUUUUCAAGGAUUUUUGACCCACUUUCUCAGGGAGGAAUAUGGGACGUUCAGUCUGGCCAAGUCGGAGACUGGAUCCAGUAUGAGAGAGAUGCUGGUCUCCCAGCUGGCGCAGAUGAGGUCGGAGCUCUCCCUCCCUGUCCUCGCCCUGGCACUCGUGGCCUGUCUGAGCGCAGCGCUGCCGAGAAGGCAACAGAAGUCCUCUGUGAUCUGGCUCUUCGCUGGAAUGCUGUGUGUUUAUUCUCUCUUCUUUGCCUGGAGAGCAAAUUUGGAUGUUACAAAGCCUCUGUUUCUGGGCGUGGUGGAGCGUUUCUGGAUGCAGAGCAAUGCUGUCGUGGCUGUGCUGGCGGGGCUGGGGCUGCCCAUCCUCGUGUCCCUCGCCGGUGCCGUGCUGGAGGGUGGCCGGGCGCUGCCGUGGCUGGAGUGGCUUUCUGCUGUGGCUCUUGUUGGUGCUCAAAUUUGGGCAAAUUACAGCACCUGUGAUCAGAGCACCAAUUAUAUUGUUGACAACUUUGCGAGAAACCUGCUGUCCUCUAUGCCGAUGGGUGCAGUGGUCUUGCUCAGAGGAGAUUUACCCGGGAACGCCCUUCGUUACCUUCAUUAUUGCGAAGGAGUGAGGCCAGAUGUCACCUUAGUGGACCAGGAGAUGAUGACUUAUGAAUGGUAUUUACCCAAGCUGGCAAAGCAUUUACCCGGUGUCUCUUUUCCUGGGGACCGGUGGAAUCCUGUGGAAGGAGUGUUACCCGAUGGGACACGAACUUUUAAUCUCCAUCGUUUCCUCAAAGUAAAUAAACAUAAGGAAGUGUUUGUCUGCAUAGGUCUUCAUGAAGGGGACUCCACCUGGAGAAGGAGUUACUCUCUUUGGCCGUGGGGUACCUGUGAAAAGUUGGUUCCUUCUGAUGCUGUCUUUGACCCAGGAGAGUGGAUUCGUCUCACAAGGAAUCUCUAUAACUGGACUGAAGACUAUGGGAGUUUCAAGCCCUCUUCCUGGGAAGCUGUCGCCAACGAGGAGAUGUGGCAAGCCAGGAUGAAAACAGCUUUCUUUAUAUUUGACCUUGCAGAAACUGCCAGUGUGACUGCAGAAAUGAAAUCACAGCUUUACACGUUGGCAUACACUUCAUACAAAGAAAUUGUCAACUCUCAUCCAAAUCAUCCGGUGAACUGGCACAAAAACUACGCGAUAGCCUGCGAGAGGAUGUUGCGUCUCCAUCAGGUGGACGUGGAUCCCGAGGUGCUGCUCUCUGAAACUGUUAAACAUUUCCUCCUGUACACUGAGAGAGCAGAAGACGAUCCCCAGCGGCAGGAUAUCCUGCAGGCUGUGAAACACCUGAAGAAGGAGCUGCAGGGGCUGAGGAAAAUGAAAGCUGAUCUGAAGAGGCGAGCUGGAUAGCGCCUGUUCCCCCCCCCCCCUCGCACCUUCUGAAGCACUGAGAUGUUUGAAGUUAGGAGCAAAAAUUUGAGUUGGGCAUCGACAACUUAUAAAAGGCAGCAGAAAGAGCAGUAAAGAGGACAUCAAGCAGGCUUGCCACCGCAGGAACGUACUGUUAUUUGUUCUUUGAUGGCCGUUGCCAAAUGAACAGUUUGUAUUGUUUUCUAUGGGGAAGAAAGCUCAUCACUAAAUAAAAUGCUGGCUUUCAAAGGAGAGUUUCCUUCUAAAGGAAACCCGUGAAUCUCUACUACUAUGGAGAGCUUUUAAUUUUGUUUAUGAAUACAGCAUCCUUUAGAGAUGCAAAAAGUGUUUUUAGCUUUUUAAUGUUUCUUCAGUCAGUCAUUAAGCAAAGGCUUGUACAGACAUUUUUCUUUAGUUUGUGCAUUUUUAUGGUCACAGGGCAGUGCAGUUAGGUAGGUUUCCAUCAGGACAAGUGUGUGGUCAUUUGUGGGGGUGUGACCACGUGCUGUUUCAGAUAUGCUCCAUGCCCUGGCUGUGCCUCUACCAUGGGGUGCUGCAGACAUGACCCACUGGGGACACAUGCAGCAGGUGGCUCAGCUACUUAUUUUCCCCAAAAUGACAUAAAAUAGCUUGUCUUUCAAAAUGGAGAUGAUUCUUUGAAAGGCUUAAAAAAGACACCAAGCUCUUGUGGAAAUGCGCAUUUGUCAAAAUUUUUGUACUUUGCUUUGCCAUUCUCUGAAAUCUCAGUGCAGUAGUGUUAGGGGAGAGAAAUUGCUGACAGUCCAGGACUGCAUUUGGGUUAGGAAACUUUUCAGAGAAGGAAGGACUUCCAUAAGGAUCACAUUAUCAAGCAGGAUGUGCAAGCAAGAUAUGCAUGGGAGCGAGAGGUGCUGCAUGGGGAUGCUCUGUUGUAGGACUCAGUUUCUACUUUUGAGUGCUGUGUUUGUGCUCUCUGCCAGUGCGUGCAUGUAGGUGCAGAUUUAGGCUCAUGCGGUUACUAAUCCUAAUAGAUCCCUUUAAGAGUAGAUGACUUUUUUUGUUGGCCCUCUACCUCAUUGUAGGAAAACUUGAGCACUUUUCAUUGAGUGCUGUAUGUAUAAAAACCAAGCUGCUGUCUAGGAUUCUUGUAUUUUUCUUCAUUUUUCUCCCUUUCAUUCCGAUUUAUUUUCACAGGGUGAUUUCUCCCCUGUUCGCCUAUAAACAAUUCCUGUCCAAACAGUGGAUGAGAAAUGAGCAAUAAAAAAAAAAUAAAACUCUGGAUUGCAAAGCCACAAAGCAGAGGGGAGAGUGAAGAAGAGCGGCACAGGGCUGUCAUUUUAACUCUUUGUGUUGCAAUUGACUACAUUUCAGAUCGACUGUGCCUCACUUAAAUCUCUUCCUUUUUGUCAAUUCCUGCAGAAGUGUUUGUACAGAGGGAGAGAGCAUCAUACAUUCCUCCAUGCAGCUUUCUCAGGGCUGGCUUUCUUCUCACUUCUCAAAAUCAGCCCUUCAGUCUAGCAGAAAAGCAUUAGGAAUCCAAUUUUUGAAUGCUUUUGUUACCUGCAUUAUUGAAAAUCCUUUCAAGCAAAUAUAUUGAGCCAAGGGUUUUCUUUAUCUUGAUUAGAUGCCCCUCCUCAGCUGCAUAGUCUUGAAAUAAUUGGAAGCUUUUGUGGAUUCCACUAUCUGCUCGGGAGAAAAGAGAGGCUCUACAAAGGUAUCUAAGCCUGCAGUCUGCUUCAAGUAACGUAUCGUGGCACAUUGUAAUAAGCAGCGACACAAACUGCGAGCAGAACUUUCCCACUAGCAAAAUGCCUUCCCAGGUAUGAACAGCAGUAGGAACAGGAUGUUUUUUUAGGGAACAAGACCAGAAAUGCUUGCGACUGUGCCAUUCGCCAGCACUGUGUCUGUAUGAGUUGUGUGCGCAUGCAACAUGGGUGUCUGUGCUGGGUGUUCAGCUCCGAGGUAUCACCGAUGGUCGACUGCAAAGGUGGAAAUGUUUAACAGAAGUUAGAAAAUUCCUCCUGUGAAUCUGUUCAGGUUAGAUUUGCCUGUGCUCUUAGAUGAACCAAUUGCAUGCAUGUUUUUAAGCCUAUUCGCUACAAGGCAGUGCUGAGGGAUGCUGGCAGAAGUUUAAUUUUUAUCAGCUCCUCUUAGGUGGCACCCCUAAGUUUAUCAAACAAGCAAAGCUGAUUUGCUCUUCGUUAGUCUCAGUUGCAUGAAUUGGUUGCCAAGUAAACAGGAUUUUGCAUUUUCCUAAUUACUUUCAUAUUUGUGUUUUACCUCUAUUUGUUCUCUCGCAGAACUGGUCCUAAUAAUUAGUCAGACUCCUGCUGCCUAGACCUUAAAAAAAAAAUAAAGGGGGGGGGAGGAGGGAGACUUCAGAGGUUUUUUCCUCCCUUAUAAAUUCAUUUUUGUUACAAGCAUCUUUUAUACAUAUUACUAAAGGGAGUGCACUAAGAAAUGCAAAUAAUAGUUCUUUAUUUUAUUAUGACAGUUAAUUAAUAGCAACCUGUUUUAAUGAAUAAAGUCACUCAGAGUCCUUCAGCACUUCCUAAGUAGAGGCCAGAAUCUGUAGGGAUUCUUUUUUCCCCCCCAUUGUAUAGCUCCUAGACUCGGCGCACUAUAUAGGGCCUGUAUAGAAAUGCUCGCUAAUGAAGAGGGAGGGCGAGGAACUUGUCUGCAUUCAAAGAUCACUGGUGAGUCAUUCAGCGAGAAAAGGCCCCUUGCUAGGAAUAGUCACAGUUCCGCGGCAUUGUGCUAGCAAAAGGGUUUGAUCAAAGGUCUCCUGCGGAGCUUGCAUGGUUUCCUUUCAUACGACGACCAUAAUUAAAACCACUAAUUCUCUUUUAAAAUGCUGCAGGAUGCCAUGUAGGCAUCUGUCUGGAGUGUCCUUUGUGCUGUCGGGAGCUGUUAAGGACCAGCGCCGAGGGCUUUUCAGCGACAUGCCAGUCAGGAAGGUGAUUCGACAUAAGGGUGCCUCUGAAGGCUUGACAGGGCCUUGACUACACAAUCCGAGCUGAAUUUGCCCCUUGUCAGCUGCCAGUAAAUAAAUCUCAAAGGGGGAAAAGCUGAAGUUUCAUUACCUGAUCCCCGGGGCUUUGUUGGUUUUGGCAUCGCCCAGGGGGAAGCCCUCGCCCCGUGGGGCUGGGGGGCUGGAGGUGGCCAUUGGCCGCGUUGGGCGCGGGGCCGUUUGAAGACCGUCAAUACUUGUAACAGUUCAGCUGUUGGGAAGACAAAUAAAUGGAAGAGCCCAUUAAUCCCCUUUGGGUACUCGGUGCCUUUUGCCCUUUUAUCGCAGCCUUAUUAGGUUCCUACUCAUCUUGAACCAGGAGGAAUGAAUUGAGGUUGUUGAGCGCUAAUUGGCAAAGACUUUUCAUCGUGGGCCAAGAACUUUCCCUGACUUGAAAGUAACUUCGCCACGGGGAGGAUCAGCGAAUUCUUGCCUUGCCAUUAAAACAAAACCCCCAAAUCCCAUCGGGAUUCAGCGCGGUCUUUAAAAAGAAAUAAAGAGAGGCAACUGCUAAAUUGUUGGGCUUGGCCUUCGUCAAGAUGUUGGUAACUUACAUUUGCUGUUUAAGAGGGAGUUGAGGAACCAGAUGCCGAGCAGGGCGAUCUGUCCUGAAAUGCAGCUGAAAUGUGUCUGUCCUACGUGUGUACACAUGCGUUACCAAACUACUUGCAGGCCAGGCUUCCCAAAAGCAGCCUGGAGAUGAUCUGUAAGGUGGCACAGGCAUUCCUGUUGGCUUGCAGCCACUUGGGUGUCACGCAGAGCGCUGUUAGGGUUACCAUAUGCCCAGGGCCAAUGCUGGCUGCCCUUGAUUCAUCCCUAGGUUUGGUAAGAAAUGAUUCAGAGCGAGGAAAUACUUCAGCAUGGAGUCACUUGCACUGUUCUUGUUAUUUUUUAAUGUCGAGUUUGGUAAAUGGUGUGUUAAUUUAAGUGUACUUACUGCCCUUUCUCCCCAUCUCCCUCAUUGCACAUCUAAACUGAAGAGUAAAACUCGGGAGGUCAUGAACGCAUUUUAUCCACAGUGUGACACCUCAGUGUUGUGACCACCUCGGCCUGGAGGACAUCAGGCAGAGGUUUUAGAGCAGAAAUCCCUAUUGCUGUGUUCCCCAGCCUCCACAUCGGGGGAACACAUGAAAGAAGGCACCCAUAUUACAGGUGGCAUCUCCAGGGGGUGCCGAUGACUGCACCCUGGUGAAGCCAUCCCAGUGUGGCCCACCCCAGGGGCCUGCAGGGUCGAGAGCUUGGCACAUCGCUACAUGAGCAAACAGUGGCUAAAGCUCCUGCUCCGCUCAUGGCACCGAAUGAAGAUGUCAUUGUCAGCACCCUGGGAAAGGCUGUUUGGUUUGGAUCUGCUCGGCAAAGCCAGAGCGAGCGCUUGUGGUGUUGCCCCUGCCAGGCUGCCACAUGGAGCAGCCAUGUUCAUGGCCACCACAGGCCGUGCAGGGAGGGCAGAGAGCUUUGUGGUGGCACCGUGUCCUCCACACCUUGUCCCUUCUCCAAGAGCACUUCAAUGCGUUGCUGCAGGUCAGGUACAGCAGCAACUUCAUGAUUUUUUUGGUUUUGGGAAAAAAAUGCAUAGAAAGGGAAGAGGACCAUGACUUAUUUUGAGAUGUUUUUGGGGUCUUUUGUUUAUUGUUCUUAUUUGUCUCGGCCUUUGAUUUAGCAGGCAAAGCCUCUUAAAUAGUGUAGAGUGUAAAAAGCACAUCUGAAGAACUGCUGAACCUCCUCAGGUAGUACCUGCUGCCUGUUUCAGACCAGAGGAAGGACUUGUGGGCCCAAAGUUUUUCAAUUUUUUCCUAAAGUUUAUUAUUUCUCCCUUGCUGCCUCUUGGCACUCCUGUUGUAUUCAAACCUGACAUUUCAGUAAUGGCCUGUUCAAAAUGGAGUGAAAACAAAGAAUGAGGAUAAAUUGGCAUAAUUUGCUUCAGGUGACUGGCAUUGGGAGAAUUUGUGCUGGUAGCAGGCAGGUUGGAGGUAGUGCACUCCAUCCAGCAAGACUUCUCAGCCUGUUCCUAAUGAAUCUGAGAAUUUGCCUUCUGUUGGGCUCAAUAAACUUGAUGCAAACUUA